CCACAAGUCCCGCGUGCUUCUUUCGGCUCGCGCCAAUUAGGACAGUCCGAAACUUUAGCUAAUUAGUGGAGAGGAGAGGGCGCGCGCACACACACACACACACACACAUUGGCGUGCGCGCGGCAGUGGGGGACCGGAACUCUCCUUUAAACCCGCGACACGCCUCCGGCAUCACCGGGUCGAUGUACAGAUGUGAAGGUGUUCACACACACACACACACACACACUCGGGGCCGUCGCUCUCCCUCCCACUCCGUUAUCGCUCUCCGUGUUUUAUGUCUGCGUCACAACAAGUCGCGAGAGAGAGAGAAAGAGAGAGAGAGAGAGAGGCGGAGAUGAUGGCGUCUCUGGCGGGCUCCACUGUCUCUGACAGCCGCGUUUAAUAACAUCAGCGGGAGAAGGAGAAAAAAAAAAAAAGCACGGGAACAUGACGAAACGGCGCUCGCGCAGGACGGCCGGCGGCGACACAGACGGACGGACCAAGCGCGCGACCGCUCACUGACUGACACUGACGCGUCCAGGGGUUUCAUUAUUAUUAUAUUUUUUUGGGCGAGCGCGCGCGCGCGUGUGUGUGCGUCCAUCAUAAAUCCAUAUCGCCGACAGUAAUUGUGAGGCGCGGCGAAAACAUCACAGCGGGAAGGUCGGACGUUUCAUGUCAAGCUCGCGCGGCGGGCUCGGUGACCCCGCGCGACUUUCCAGGAUGGGUGUGGUCACUGAGGGAGAAGACGUCUUAGCGCGAUGGAGUGACGGACUUUUAUACCUAGGCAACGUCAAACGAGUAGACGUCGUCAAACAGUGUUGUUUGGUCAGGUUUGAGGAUAAUUCCGAGUUCUGGGUCCUCAGGAAAGACAUUCACUCAUUCUCAGCCAGUGGAGAGGAAGUGUGUUGUGUCUGUGACGGUCCUCCUCUUAAAGAGCCGCUCAUAAACUGUCUGAAAUGCCGCCACUGUUAUCACGCUCAGUGCCACACUCCGGCCGUCGACCCCGAGGUGGACAGCGACUCCUGGAUCUGUCGCCAGUGCGUGUUCGCCGUCGCCACCAAGAGAGGCGGAGCUUUAAAACGAGGCCGCUUUGCUCGACUCAUGCAGUUGAUGAAGUUGAGGCUGCCCUAUCAGCUUUCCACGCUGGACUGGGACGCUCAGCAUCUGACCAAUCAGCAGCAGUGUUACUGCUACUGCGCCGGACCAGGAGAGUGGAACUUGAAGAUGCUCCAGUGUGGCAGUUGUGGCCAGUGGUUUCAUGAAGCCUGCACUCAGUGCCUGACCAAACCUCUGCUAUACGGAGACAGGUUUUAUCACUUCCAGUGCUCAGUGUGUACGAAUGGACCUGAGACCAUUCAGAGACUUCCCAUGACCUGGGUAGAUUUGGCCCAUUUGGUGCUGUAUCAUCUCUCCCUGUGCUGCAAGAGGAAAUACUUCGAUUUCGAUCACGAAAUAAUGGCCUUCACCAACGAGAACUGGGACUCCUUGCUGUUAGGAACGUUGUCGGAUACACCUAAGCAAGAUCGCUGCCACAAUCUGCUCAACGCGUUAAAUUCCCACAAGGACAGGUUCGUCUCGGGGAAAGAGAUCAAGAAGAAGAAGUGUCUUUUCGGUCUUCAGGUGCGAUCUCCGCCGCCGCUGUCGUCCGAUUCCUCACCUCUCAUCACCGAGCAGCCCAUCAACAUCACGCACCGCAAAAGCCCGCUGUCACUGCCGUGCCAGAGACGACCGGUGGGCUCCGAGUCUCGCAAAUCAAAGCGGCGCAUCGUCGAGACGCUCCAGCAGCCGUGUCCACCUGCUAACCAGAUCAAUCUUGUGCCAUGUUGUCACGGGUGUGUGAACGGCGCGAGCGUCUACAACUCCCGGAAAUCCGAGGAGGAAUUAGCGCUGGGGUCACCCCCCAAGAGAAUGUUCCCUCUGUAUCACCCGUCGUAUAACGGAUCUCAGGGUCUGCCUCGGACUCUGCAUCACUACAGUGCCGAGGACCCUUGUCGACUUCCUGCGCCCUGUCUCCCCUUUUCCAUGUCGUCCGCUCACCCACCAGGGCAGAGGUUUGAGCAAUGCCCAUCUCUGUUCCUGCACGACGUCGCCCCCUACCCCAACGGAGUGAGCUUGGAAGGGCACACGGGGGCGCGAGGCUGGGGCGGAGGCGAGGCGGUGAGGAUCCUGGCCAGACGCGUCACGCCGGACGGAAAGGUCCAGUACUUGGUGGAGUGGGGAAACGUGAGAGUUUAUUAGAAAGAAAACAAACAAAACUGCCGACGUUUCAGCAGAAAAAAAAAACAAAACGUAACGACACGAAUCCAGGUCGAGGCUCGACAGCGACUUCGUUCUGUGGGAUUAAACUGUUAGAAAUAAUCCCUCCCUCCUUUUCUCCUUCCCACGGCGUCUCCUAUACUUUGAAUACUGUUAGAAAACACCUUUAGAAUGCCUUGAACUUCACUAUCCUGAUUUGUAUCAUAUAUAAUAUAAUAGAUACGUAUAUCCAUGUUAAUUACAUGUCUGAAUUCCCUGAUUUUUUGUUUGUUUGUUUGUUUGUUUGUUUGUUUUUUCAAAGAGAGAUUUAUGGCAAGGUCAUAAAUGACAUCAGUAUUCGUUAACGAUACCGUAAGAUGAAAGAAGGGCAUCAUGGGUAACUUCUCAUGAUGUUGGUUAUAAUGAUUUACCUCUUAUUAUGCAAGUUUCAUUUGAUCUGAUUGACGGAUGAGAAGAGUUCCUCUGGAAUCGUGUUGUAGCACUCCUCUUUUAUUCUCUUUUUAUUCGAACGAUAUUAUUUUGGUGUUAAAUAUAUAGAAGUUCACGUUUACGAGUGUAUUAUACGUGAGCGCGUUAUUUUGUUUUAGGUCAGAUCCCAAUAACGACUCCGGAUCAAAUCAAAAUUAGGUCCGAUUGUUCAUUUCGAACAUCGCACACUGUUGUGUAAACACAUUUCGACCAUUUAUUACUUAGGUUUUUAUAUAUGAUCUCCAUAGAUAAGUGCAUACCGAAUGAAAAACGGAAACACUGAAAUGAACGCGGUCGGUUUUUAAAGCACUUUGAACUUCACGGUGUGAUUAAACCAGCGCUAAAUAGUUCACUUGGUUUUUUUUUUAAACUUUUAAAAAAAAUUUCAUUUCAAUUCAAUUACAAUCGUAGUUUUACGCCGCUGUAUGUGGUUCGUUUUUAAUUUUCAAAUUUAGUGUCCGUUUUUUUUUUUUUUUUUUUUAAAUAUACGAAUUUGAAUUUUUGAAGUUAUUUAAUGGUUUAAGUAGCCAUAUAGUGUACAGUUAACACAUUUCACGUUAUCUUUUUAUUUAAACUUCAUCUAUGUCUUCAUUUAAGUAGCUGUAUAUAGUUAACUCAGUUUUUCAUUUUCAACUGAAACGAUCGCAUAAAACUUCAUUUAUGUGAACGUUUAAGCAAACAUUUUUUUUUAAAUUAUUUUUAAAAUUUAAUUUAAAAAAAAUUAAUAAUGAUAAUUUUUUUGGUCUCAAAUGAGUCACGUGUCCUGAUGUAACUCCUGUAGAAGAAAUGCUGCGUGCCAGGAUAUUUCCUAACUGAACAUUUCCUCAGAAAUACAAGAACGUCCGCACGAGAACGAGACAGGACCAGGAAUGUAACGAGUAGCGUCACGUGACCCCGACGUUCACGCGUGAGGUAACAGGUCGGUUCUAGUUCUGUGUUAAACCUUAGAGACAGAUUAGCGAGAAAACAUUUCUCUCCGAACGGGAGACCGAAGUCUGAGCUUCGCCUGAGAAAGAACUGACCGUCAUUAGUGGAUGAAAAAUGAAUGUAUUUAAAUUUUUAUUUAUUUAUUUAUUUUGAAAAAUUGUGAUCAGUUAUGUACACCACCUGUGAAGUGUUUCAAUGUCAUACACGGAAAAAUCAAUUCAGGGUCAACUCAAGGGACAAAACUAGUGGACUGUACUUCAAACCCCCGCCACACCCCCCCUCCCCCCUCCCCCCUCCCCCUUCAUUUAUUUAUACAUUUUGGUUCCAGGUGUGUACAGUACUGUGUACAGGUUGAUGUAAUAAUGUAAUAAAAAGUUGCUCGUCGCAUCGUAGGAGGAAUCGAAAUGAGUAGCCGAUCCUCGUCCACCUCCUCCAUCCGUCCCGUACCUGGGAUCUUGUGAAAUAAACAGACGUGAAGAAUAAAAACGAUUGGAAAAAGAAAAAAAAAAAAAAAAUCAAACGUGUUGCUUUAUUUCAUGUGCCCUAGUUCAACGAUGUACCUUAACGUGAACGGCUAAUAUAUUUCAGGCUAAUAUAACGGCCUUAAAUGAACAAGCUAUGAAGACGUAAGGUAAGGAUACGAGUAUUUCAGUACGAGUAACACCUGAGUAAAGUUUUUCGAGGUACAACUCUCAGUAAUUUCCCACUCUUGCCGCUGAUCAUACAUAUGAAUAAGAAGAUAACGCUUCGUAUAAAGGUGGUGUUAUUAAGGCGUCACGACGUUAGUUAUUAGAGUAAUGGAGUGUCGGUGUGGCAACAUCUGUACAAUCAGAAGUAGUACUGAGUAAUACUAGUACCGAAAUACUAGGAAGUUAGCUGACAAGUCUUUGCAUAACGCUGGACGAUACACGUCUACAUUUUAUACAGGAACGUACACGAGAUGUAUCGCCACGACGCCUUAAUUGGGGUUUGUUAGCCUACAGGAGAACACCUCAGGAACUAGUGGCCUCGAUGGGCGUAACCAAGCAACAGGAAACAGGACCAUAUAAGGAAAGUGUGGGCAGAGAGUUUAAGGUUCUGUGUUAAUGAUCUAAUCAACAGCUAAUGUAACAGGAAAUGACCAUAUAUGGAAACGAGGCAAAAAACACCCCGGACAUGACGCUGGACAGAGAGUUUAAGGUUCCGCGUUACAGACCAGAAGGCUGUAAAAUCGCAGGACUGACAGAGAACCAC